AUGAUGACCUCGAACCCCACCUCUGCGGUCCCCUCCGCCUCGUCCUACCAGGGUCACCUCACGGGCGGGGACGGCAUGCUCGCCUCUCGCCUCCACAAGCCCACCCAUCCCUCUCUCGUCCAGGUCGUCUUCAACAACGGCUCGUACAACUCGCACCUCAUCUCGCUCCAGAACUUCUCCCGCGGUGACCUCAUCACGCCCUUUUCGCCGCACGCCGAUUUUGCGUCCGCCAAGAGCUAUUCCACCGUCCAAACGGGUCCCGAGACGCACAUUGAGCUCAACUCUGAUCUGCUCUACUGCAACCACUCGUGCGAUCCCAACGUGGCCUUUGUCAUUGGGGAUGCGCGCGACAAGGCUUCUUGGAAGGCUCGCGCGGAGAAGGACAUCAAGAAGGGCGACAUCUUGACUUUCUUCUACCCAAGCACCGAGUGGCACAUGUCGCAACCGUUCGACUGCUCCUGCGGCUCAUCGUCGCAUUGUCUGGGCAAGAUCGAUGGCGCCCACUCGAUCCCGGAGGAGACGCUCAAGAAGUACUUUGUCAACCAGCACAUACUCGAGCUCAAGUCGAAGCAGUCGAGCGCAUAG